AUGCUAUCCCUGGCUAAUAAUUGCUCCAUUUGUGGCAGGUUCACUACCGACUUCAAUUAUGGGGUGCUAUCCUGCAAUGCCUGUAAGGUAUUUUUCCGGAGAAUGAUUACCCGAACAGCUCCUUUGCGAAAGUGCCACCUGGGCGAAAGAUGCUUUGAUAGUAAGCCUAACUACCGUAACACACAACUCAUCUACUGCUUUCCAGAUGGACGAUACAACGACAAGAACAAAUACCUGAACUGUCAAUUCUGCCGAUUUCAAAAAUGCCUCCGAAACAAGAUGACACUUCCCUCCUACCUCCUAUUUACGGAUCAGAACAAAAAAAAAUGUUUAGAAGCCGUCAUCGCGAGUCUUAACGAAAUGGAUAUCGUCCGAGGAAAAUACCUGAUUGACUUUAUCACUCCAACAGGAACCGAUCUAUCCAUUAAUGAGAUUCUAAACAUGGAAAAAGUGAUCUACAUGGAGAAACCAGCAGGACAUCCGAUGAACUUCCCAGAUGGAACGGAUUUGCUGCCAAAAACAGAAUGGCCCAAUCCCCGGAUUUCUCCAAAAUUGGAGAACAGAAUCAGAAGUCGUCUGGUAGGUAGACUGGCGGAACUGAACGUCACUCACGAGGAGUUUCUUCUACUUUCCGUUCUCUUGUUCUGCAAUCCAGCAAUUUCAAAUCUCUCUGAGAAUGGGAAAUUUCUGCUUGGCAUCUAUCAAAACAUGUACGGUGCAGCACUACUCCAAUAUUGUCUUUACAAGUACCAACACAAUGGGCCAGCUCGCUACGCCGAUCUCCUCGGGUUCUACAGCGUCAUUGGAAAACACUACGACGAUGUCAUCCAGUACUACGUGCUUCUCCAAGUACUCCAAUCAACUGUUGAAGUGAAGAAGAUAGUUCAAGAUGGUAUUGAAGCAGCGUACAGGAAUUGA